CUCCCUCCUCUUGUCUAUUCUUCUUCUCCAGUGCAAACCGGCGCUUCUCGCGCCGUCCUUCCCCUUCUCCUUGCGCAGGUUCAGGCCUGACCGCCUGAGAAACUGGAAGGUGGCGGCGACCUCGGGGGUUGAUCGGCGACUUGGGUCGGAUUAGUUUCCGGAAGAGCACUGGAGGAGAAGGCCUGUUUGGAGCAAAUUCCGAUGGCAACCGGCGAGACCGCCGUGGAUCGUUGCAAGGACCCUCUCGGCCCCCGCGACAUGGAUUUGUCAGGGGAGGAGCACGUCCCCAAGGCGCGGAAGCCGUACACGAUCACGAAGCAGCGGGAGAAGUGGACGGAGGACGAGCACCGGCGGUUCCUGGAGGCCCUACAGAUGCACGGUCGCGCCUGGCGCCACAUACAAGAGCACAUCGGCACCAAGACUGCCGUGCAAAUCCGGAGCCACGCGCAGAAGUUCUUCACCAAGGUGGUCCGAGAGUCAUCGUCAGGAAGUAACGCCUCCGCGGGCGCGGCGCCGGCAAUCCAGGUCCCGCCGCCGCGCCCCAAGAGGAAGCCGGCGCACCCUUACCCGCGCAAGGUGGACGGCGCGGCCAAGAAGCCCGCGCCGGAGCUCAAGCUGAUGGAGAAGCUGCCCCCGCGUGACCGGGAUGAAGGGUCGCCGACAUCGGUGCUUGCCUCGGCGCGCACGGCGUCGCGAGCGGAGGUGUUAUUAGGCAGCGCGUUCGCGAACAGCUCGAGCGCCAGCAGGUCGCGGGGCCUGUCAGCUUCCGGUUCGGAUGAGCGUGGUGACGGUGGCGGCUCGCUGGUCUCGUCGGUGGCCGGGGAGCACGGCUGCGCAUCGCCAAGAACGAGAGCGCCAUAUACCAAGGUGCUCGUUGAAGCAAACGAAGUGUCGGAUCUAGGACCGGAAGCUCCAGUCUUGAAGCUGUUCGGAAAGAAAGUUGUGGUGAAAGACCUGAAAACGGACUAUUCACCUGCGGCUGCGAGCGUUGCCAAGGCAAGCAGAGACCGGAAUCCUAUCGGUGCCGCAGGAGCGAGCUCAUGGAGUCCGUGGCCGGGCAGCGUGCAGGUGCAGCAGCUCAUGUACUUCGUUCCCCAGCACGACGGCCUCGCGGCGCAGCCCGUCGCGCCGUGGUUCGGCUACAGCGGGAGCGUGCCGUGCGCGGUGUUCUACCCGCAGGCGGUGGCUUCAGCUCAGGAGCACCAGCAAGCUUCAGAGCCUCUGGAUCACAAACGCGCGCAGACGGAAAGGUCCCUGACAGGUUCGAACAUGGCCUCCAGCGCCGCGUCGGCGGCGCAGAACUCGGACACCGCGCAGUCCCACCACGGUCCCGGACAAGAAAACACCGGCGACGGCUGCGCGGCGCUUCGGGCUGCCAUCCCGCGGCUGGCCAAGUGCGCGAGUUCGGCUUCCUGCAGCGGGAGAGGGUUCGUGCCGUACAAGCGGUGCGCGGCCGAGAGCGAGGCGCCGCGCCCGGUGGCGCCCGGAGAGGAGGAUGACGGCGAGCUGACGAGGCUGUGCUUGUGACAACUGACAAGAGCUGAAACCUCGGUGUAAAGAACUCACGACGCACUUUUUGGAUGUUGGGCUGCUGCUGACAUGCAUGGCUGCCUGCACAUGCUCUGCAGAAGCAGCUAGCCUGGGAACAGGUUUUCCAGGAGAGACGGAUGAGCAACUCUGGUUCUUACCCCUCGGUAUAUACGCGUAUAUAUAGGCAAAAUCUGUACUCAUAUUCCGCUUUUGUUUCACCACUUGUGUAAUUUUUUCCCCAACAUGAGAUAGAGAGGGUUGUGUGUGUGUCAAUAGUCUGAGCACAUGUAAAUUUUAGGCUUGUACCAUCUGGACGAAAUGUAAUAGGGAGCAGGCGGAAUGAGCCACUUUGC